AAAGCUUUGGUAUGAAAUAAUUCCUUAUCUUAAAUUUCAACCAUCUGCAAGUGAUCUUUGUGAAGUUUGUGAAAUGUUUAAAGCUAAAUUAAUAGUAGCAAAAUCGGAUGUAGAAGAAUAUAAUCAAAUUAAAACUCAAUAUGAUCAAUAUUGCAUUGCA